GAGUAGGACACUAGUAGUCUGCUGCCAGUACUAUAUAGGCUAUGUGGUGAAUUUAUUGCAGGGAUAUCGGAUGCAUCCGGAAAAACGCCUAGACCGUUAAUGAUAGUUUUCAGAACGGUAGUUCAGUAAUACCGUCGAGCAAUUAUUUCCUUUCCUUACAAAAGGAACUGCUCUGCGUUAAAUUGGGGGGGGGGCUGGUAGCUGUACGAAAGAGCUGAGGUCAUUGGCAUCGAAGAGGCAGGCGUGGUUCGGCAGCACCAGACUGCGAGGAUAUAAUGAAGCGAAAACACCGAGAGGUUACCGCUGCAGGCUGUCACUGAAGCGGUUUGCUUUGGUUAUUGCAUUUUAUAGAAAAUAAAAACGGGUUCGUUUUGUGAUACGUUUAUAUACAAACCGCAGCCUGCUUUCCAAUAUAUCUAUUAAGGAGAGGGCUCGGAUGAUGCUGUAACAAGCUCUCGGAACCCCCUGUCCCCCUCUUCUGACCCCCCUGUGACGAUGAGCACCGACGCCCUCCCCGAGGGGCCCUGCUCCCCCUCGCCCUGCCCCUCCCCGUCGCCCCACAAGGAGAGCUACAUCCGCCGGAGCAGCGACAGCGACCCCGACUUCCUGCGCACGAGGAGCGCGGCCCCCCGCCUGCAGCAGGACUUCAGCAUGACGGAGCAGAAGAAGCGCGUCUCCGUCAUCCUGCAGAGCCCCUCUUUCAGAGAGGAGCUGGAGAGCCUGAUCCAGGAGCAGAUCAAGAAAGGGAACAACUCCUCCAAUCUCUGGGCGCUACGGCAGAUUGUCGAGUUCAUGGCUUCACAUGGGGCCCCAGCCUCCCUGCCCAUCUCCCCUUCCAGCCUGAUGAUGGUGACCCCGAUCAAUGACCUGCAGGCCACGGAGCCUGGCACUCUGGUGAAGGGCGAGAGGCUGAUGCGCUGUAAGCUGGCUAGCGUCUACCGGCUGCUGGACCUGCAUGGCUGGGCCCAGCUCUCCAGCACCUACCUCACUCUGAGAGUGAGCAAGGAGCAAGAGCACUUCCUGAUCAUCCCCAGGGGUCUUUCCUUCAGUGAAGUGACAGCCUCCAGCCUGGUGAAGGUUAAUGUCCUGGGGGAGCUGGUUGAGAGGGGCAGCACGGCUCUCCAGGUCGACACUGCCAGCUUCCACCUUCACUCUGCCGUCUACUCCGCCCGGCCCGACGUGCGCUGUGUCCUCCACCUGCACACCCCAGCCACUGCAGCGGUUUCUGCCAUGAAGUGUGGCCUCCUGCCAAUAUCCCAUGAGGCCUUGCUGGUGGGCGGAGUGGCAUACUUUGACUACAAUGGAGCGAUGGAGGAGGAAGAAGACAGGGUGGAGCUCCAGAAGAGCCUGGGGCCCACCUGUAAGGUACUGGUGCUAAGAAACCAUGGCAUUGUGGCGCUGGGGGAGUCUGUGGAAGAGGCCUUCUACAGGAUCUACCACAUCCAGGCAGCCUGUGAGAUACAGGUGUCAGCAUUGUGCAGUGCAGGGGGCGAGCAGAACUUGAUCCAGCUGGACCCAGAGAAGCAGCGCCCCCACCAGGCUGGCUCAGUGGGCUGGGCUGGCUCCACCUUUGGACCCCUGCACAAGAGUCGUGUGGGGGAGCACGAGUUUGAGGCGCUGAUGAGGACAAUGGACAAUCUGGGCUACCGUACCGGCUACGCAUACCGACACCCCGUGCUGCUGGAGCGCGUGAAGCCGCGCAGCGAGGUGGAGAUCCCCGCGACCGUGACGGCCUUCAGCUUUGAGGAAGACGGGGUGCCCCGCCCCGCCCUGCGCCACCACACCCACAAGCAGCAGCAGGAGAAGACGCGCUGGCUCAACACGCCCAACUCCUACCUGCGCAUCAGCCAGGACCAGGCCAGCCCCGGCACCAAGACCACAUGGCUCAGAGCAGAGGAGGUGAAGCUCAGCAGCGGCACGGCCAUCAAGAUCGAGAACCCCAACCAGUUCGUUCCGCUCUUCACCAACCCCCAGGAGGUCCUGGAGACACGGAACAAGAUCAGGGAGCAGAACCGCCAGGAUGUGAAGUGGGCAGGGCCUCAGUCCCAGCUGCUGGCCAGUGUCAUCGCUGACAAGAGCAGGAGCCCGUCUGCAGACGCUGACCUGGCCUUGGCGGGGACACGCGAGGAGUCCGCCCAGGGCCCCCAGGAGCCGCCCCCGCCUCCGGAGCCCGAGCCCCCCAACCCUUUCAGCCAGCUGACCGACCAGGAGCUGGAGGAGUACAAGAGGGAGGUGCAGAGGAAACAGCAGCUGGGGCAGGACGGUGCUGAAGAGCAGCUGGUGAAUGAGACUGAGACCCCCCCUGCAAAGAGCCCCCCCACCUCUCCAGCUAAGACCCCGGUCACUUCCCCUUCCAAAACACCCCCCACAGACAAAGAAGGCAAGACCACAGACGUCUCGAAGGUGGCGGCAGACGGGCCGCCGGCAGUGGUGCUCAAUGGGAAGGAGGAGGAGCAGGGCGCGGAGCAGGAACUGCAGAAGGGGAUGCAGCAGCUGUCCACGCGGGCCGAGACGGAGGCUCCGCCCCGCGGCAAGACCGACGCGCCGCCCUCCGCGCCCACCCUCUCCCCGGAGGGCUCGCCCUCCAAGUCCCCCUCCAAGAAGAAGAAGAAGUUCAAGGCGCCCUCCUUUCUCAAAAAAAGCAAGAAACAGAAAGAGAAAGCCGAGGCCUGAGGACCGGCUCUCCGUUCUCUCCCCGUGCCUGUUUCGCUCUCUCUCCCCUCUCUCUCACUGGUGUGCUGGCGAUAACACUGCCUCUUCCAUCAUUAUCUCCGAUGAGCCUUGUGACCAACCCUGCCUAAUUUAGGGUCACUUCGGUUUCUGCUCAUAAAAUCUCUCUUCCUUGUUCUGUUAUUUCCAUUCUCUGAUGUGUUUUUUUAAGCAUGGAAGACCUCUGUUGUAUCACCACCUCUGACUCACAUUCGCACACGUGCACAUGUAAAUAUUUCGGAUUCGAUCUUCACACAUUUGCACUAUGUAACAGGUGACCCUGUGUUGUCUGGGCGAGGUACAUGUGUGAGGACGCUGACUAUGGUGUCUGAAGAAGGGGCAUUAUCCUCAAUUCCUCUUACGUAGGAAACAACAGGAGUUUUCUGCCUUCAGGGCAUCAAUAAUCAGACCCUUUCAUUUACUGUAGGUCCCGCUUGGCACGAGAUUGUGCUUAUCUGGGAGAAAUCAUCCUGUAUGAUCUCACAUGCAUUCACACACACACACAGAAGACACACACUCACACCCCUUCAUUUUCCUUCUUCGCUUUUCUUUAUUACACUGCAGCUGAAGAGUGGUGUGCACUGUUGUAAAUAGUAUAUAAAUAUAUACAGCAUAGUAUCAUGGUUUAUAUUAACGAUUGUGAUCUAUUGUGUCUCAUUCAUUUAUCUUCUGUACCACCAAGAAGAACGCAAGCAUCAGAUUGUUCACAAGAAUCAGGGAAAAAAACCCAAUAAUGGAAAGCAUAUUUAAUAGCAAAUUGCUCAAAUGCCACUAGUAAUUAUGAUUAUGGAUCGGAAUAACGCGGCACUUUCUGCUUUUGUGUGACUUGUAGGCACGAGCGUAACCUGACUCAGAAGGCACUUAACAUUCCUUCUUCCUUUUGCAGACGAUAUUUUUUUUAUCUAUCAAAAGACUUCUGAUGCUGUUAUUGUUAUAACUGUAAUUAUAUUAUUACUGUUAUUCUAUACAGUCGCUGUUAUCGUUAUUAUACCUUUGCUGGUCUUUUGUUUAGUUUUUUUUUUAGUAUUAGAAUGCGAAAGUGAAAUACUGGAAAGAAAAAACAUAGAUUGCACAUGUACCUGCCAUUAAAAUUGAAGUCACUGAG